AUGACCAAACCCACUGGCUUUAAAGAAUCAUCUAUCCCUAUCCCACCACCAUUAACCAUGGAACUACAAGACAAUAGACCCCCUUUAUACUCUUUGGAAAGUGAUAUGGAUCUGAUAAACGCCAAUAACCAACCCCCAAUCAGUCCAACACUAUUACAAGUUGACUUAAAAUUAAUCUGGUCUUUUAGGAAAGUCAUCUUUCUAAGUUUGUUAAUCUCAUUCUCUGGAUUCUUAUUCGGUUAUGACACUGGUGUAAUUGGUGGUAUCAUCAAUAUGAAAUCAUUUCUCCACAGAUUAGGCCAUUUACAUUAUAAUGAAUCAACAGACACCAUGGAAUACUAUCUAGAAAGUUAUAAAACUGGGUUAUUAGUCUCAAGUUAUCAUAUCGGUUGUAUCACUGGUGGUUUCACAAUUGCAAGAUUAGCUGAUACACUAGGUAGAAAAUUACCAUUAUUAAUAUCAAUGAUGGUUUAUAUCAUUGGGAUAAUAAUUCAAAUAACUUCACAAUUAUCAGGGAAAUGGUAUCAAUUCCUAAUAGGAAGAGCAACUAGUGGAUUAUGUAUUGGAAGUGUUGCUGUAUUAGCUCCAAUGUUUAUUUCUGAAACUGCCCCAACUGUGAUUAGAGGAAGUUGUACCACGUUAUAUCAAUUAAGUAUCUGCAUUGCCAUAUUAACUGGUAGUAUAGUGGUUUAUGCUUGUAAAGAGAUGUAUAAUAAUCAAGCUGAAUGGAUCAUACCUCUAAGUAUUGGAAUUGGUGCUGCGUUAGCUGUUUGUUUGGGGAUAAUUUCCACACCGGAAAGUGCAAGAUAUUUAAUUAGUAUUGGAGAAUAUGAAAAAGCUAGAAUUUCAUUGAAAAAAGUGGAAGAUCCUGAUAUAGAGGGAACUUUACAAAUUUUACUAGAAAAAUUAAGUAUUGAACAUAAUGCUUCAAAAAUCCCAUUUUGGGAAAUUUUUAAAAAAAAUAUUUGAAAAGAAUUAUUGUUGGUGUAUGUUUAAUGACUUUCCAACAAAUGUCUGGUAUUGAUUAUUUUUUCUAUUAUGGUACAACUCUAUUCAAAUUUGCUGGGAUUAAUGAUUCUUAUAUAACUUCAAUCAUUUUAGCUACUGUUAAUUUAAUAAUCACAAUCCCUGGUGUUUAUGUUAUUGAAAAAUUUGGCAGGAAAAAAUCUUUAUUAUUAGGUUCAUUUGGUGGUACAAUUUCAUUAUUUAUUUAUUCAAUCGUGG